AUGCCGGAUGCCACGAAUGCCGGAGCGCCGCCGAUGGAUGCGCUGGCGACGGCAGAGCAGCUGGAAGAAGCCGCAGAGAAGCGGAUCUCGGAGGGCAGCUGGGACUACAUCAUGGGAGGGGAGGCAGACACCAUCUGCCGGAACCGCACUGCCUUUGACCCCUGGCUCUUCCGACCCCGAAUCCUGCGCGAUGUCUCAGAGAUAGACCUGAGCUGUUCGCUCUUCGGUGCGGCGUGUGCCACGCCGAUCUACUUGAGCUCCGUGGCCAAAGGAAGACUCGUGGACCCCAAAGGCGAAGCAACCUUUGUGCGUGCAGCCGAGCGACUCCGGAGCCGCUUCCUGGUGCCCACUGUGUCGAGUCUGCCGCUGGAGGAGAUCUGGAAAGCCUCGAAGCACUCCCAGGCCUUUCAGAUCUACCUCCUGACCAACGACGAGAACUUCGCCAUGCCUGCCGGCUUGGCUGAAGCGUUGCGCCUAGGCGUGAAUGCCUUGGUCUUGACCGUGGAUGCCAACGCACCCAGGCAUGGCGCUCUGCACCGAUUCACUUCGGCCGCCACGGGGGUUUUCCCCUCGCCAUUGCUGGACUGGGAGAAGUUCAAAGAGAUGCGGAAGAGCUUCCCGGUGGGUGUGCCGGUGUACCUGAAGGGCGUCCAAUGCGCGGAAGACGCCCUGAUGGCGGUGGAGCUAGGCCUUCAAGGCGUCGUGGUCUCAAACCACGGCGGCCGCGCCUGUGGGAACUCGAUCGGAGCGCUGGAGGCGCUGCAGGAGAUCAGUGCGGCGCUACGAGAAGCAGGACAUUUAGGCCCGAACAGCACGUUCGAGCUCUACUUCGACAGCGGCGUCCGCUGUGCAGCUGACGUGGUGAAGGCUCUUUGCCUGGGUGCCAGAGGUGUGGGGCUCGGCCGGCUGUACUACUGGGCGGCGGCCUGCCAUGGCGAGGAGGGUAUCGUUCAAUUGGUGGAGCGGUUGACCUUCGAGGUGCGACGCUGCAUGGCACAGCUGGGCUGUCGACGCCUCAGUGAGCUGGGUGUGGCGUGCUUGGCGAAGAGCGAGGGGGGCGGAUUUUCCCGGAGGUUGGAUGACUAUGGGCGACCCAGGGCGGAGGAGCUCAUAAGAAGCUCCGACGGAGUCGACGGAAAGGCCUUUUACCUGAAGCGCCAAGUCUACAAGAAGCCCUUCCCUGAUGGCGCCCUCUCUGAGGUCAUGCAUGAGCAGCGGCUCGUGGAUGAGGCGGAGCGACGGGCCAAGGAGGAGCCGUGCGGAGCUGCGCUGCGGACGGAAGCCGCGCGAGAGAAAGCUGCUCGGGAAGCGGCUGAGGCCCCGGGCAGUCUGGGCAGUCUGGGCGGCUCGGGUGCAGCCACGGAGUGCCCAGCGUCAGAUGGAGAUCCGGGCAGGUCCGCCUUUGGCAUCUUGGCUCCCAAGCCCAAAUGCCGUGGGCCGAGCCCACGCGGGCGUGGUAUGGGCUACUGUAAGCUGAAUGCGGUGACUAAGACUCACAACUGUCCAGUUUUUCAGGGCACAUCGAGCCCUCAGGACACUUUCAUCAGCCACUCUUGGUCAUGUCCCGCUUGGAUGAAAUAUUUGGGGAUUUGCUACUACUUGAACUUGGACCUGGCGGUUGAAGCAUCGACUUUGGCAUGUGUUCUGGCCGUUUCCAUGCUCCUCUUCCGCUCGUCUGGAUCCAUCACUGUUGUAGCGCAGGAAGGGCAAUUUUUGCUCAUGGGCGCCUUGAUUCUUUUCCCCGUGGCCAUGUUUCUUCUCAUCUUCUUCUUCGGGCAGUUUUUUUGCCAACAGUCCUUCUGGUUUGACCGAAUCUGUGUGAACCAAGCGCACUCUGCGGAGAAAGCAAAGACUUUACAAGGGAUUCCAGCCUUCGUGGCACACUCUCAACAGAUGCUGGUGCUUUUGGACUCCACGUAUUUUGAGCGAUUGUGGUGCAAUUACGAAGUGGCGAUCGCGGCAAAGACUUUCAGAAAUAUCCAGUUGGUGCCUGUUUGGGAGCCAGUGUUCACCCUAGGGCUAUUUGCCAUCGGUCUUUUCGGUGCUCUCUCGUAUUUUGGAGCACCAGAGGAACCCCGCAUCGAUGCAGAUGGAGACUUGCGGAGCUCUCUGUUUCAAAGUGUGGUGAUCUACUACUAUGUUCCCUGGUACAUCUGCUUGUGCUUGGCACUUCCUACGGCCUGGCUUAGCUCUCAGAAGUUGGCUCAUCACAAGUUGAUGCUGAAACAGAUUACCAGCUUUGAGCUGCGAGCUGCGAGCUGCGCUUUGGCCUCGGACCGGGAGAUCAUCGAAGAGCAGAUCAUGGAGCUCUUCGACGAGGCCUUCGAACCACCAGUGUCAGUGUCCUUUCAGGAGUCGAGCUUCGACGAUGGUGGUCAGGCCAGUCAGGUGGUCUCGCCAGAGAGCAUGCGUCUCAUCCGCCAUGUCACCAGCUAUCCAAGCAAGGAGGAAGUGAUGCAGGAGUUCAAUGCCUACAUUCGAGGUCCCCUGCACCUGAAACUGCUGAGCUUGCUUGGCAGUGAGGUGGAUGUCCCUUUGAAGCUUUGUGUCAUCGGGACGGCGCCUUCCAUCCUCUUGUGUCUCACCCUCCUGUUGGGCUGCAAUGGCCAUCAUGAUUGUGACACUGCGGCUGCACGGCUGGGCUAUCCUUCUGUUACCCAGUACAUGCUGGUCAAUGUCUUGGUGGCAAUCCUGUCUCCGCUCUAUAUGGUGAUUUUACUCCCUUUGACUCUCCGGGGGACUGAACAGGUGGCAAAGGUGCUUUCUCAUCGACUUGAAAUUCUCUGCAGCACCCUGCUGGUGGCUUUGCUGUUGUAUUUGCUGGAUCUGGUCAUAGGCGCCUGGGCUGGGAGCUUUGCGGUCGUGGUGAUUGACUUCAACUUAUUCUGGCUGAUGGGCUUCAUGGCCUCUUCCCUCAUCCUGGGCUUUCUGGUGUGGCACUUGCACUUCGCUCGGCGCCCGUGA